GGCUGAGCGGUGCUAACUCUAUUAGCCUGCUGUCUGUGAUGGGCCACACAGUGAAUGCAGUGUACGUCACUGGGGACUGCAUUGACAUCAGUGAAGGGGAUUUUCAUGUGCAACACAGAGCUACGUUAGGGAUUGGCCGUCGCCGGGCCGAGUGGAUUCUCGAAGCUACAGUUGCUGUGCAGCCGGAUCCGUACGCCGCCUACGUGCCGGCCCGUGUAAAAGCCUCAACGGGAUGACGUAAACACAUGUGAGUCAAUCUGUCAAUGUGUAACGUCGUGAUGAUCGAAACAUCGUUACAUUGCACAACAAUUUUUGUUUACAGCUGAAUCCUCAUGCCACAACAUCUUGUGUCUUCAAUGAAUCUUGGAGUAUUGACAAACAGAUUUCAUCUCUUCCGGUUUCAAAGCCGAUUAGGAAUUUUCUUGGUACUCCAAAGACAGAGGGAACUUUGCCCGCAAGAAUUUUUAACCUGCCAGAAACUUAUCCAAGUGCAGUGCUGAAUUUGACGCAGGUGUCAGAAAUCGAAAAGGGACGCUUGAAAAGGACGGGUUUAAUUACAGAUACCCAGUUUGAAGGUCGGUGUCAGUUUCAUCAUUGUGUGUCUUAGUGCUUGGAUGCCCGACGAAGUGAGAAACAAAAAAGUGGCACGGAACUCUCAACCAGAUUUGGAUUCAAGAUAUUUCAUCAGUGCUACGCACAAUGCGGUAAAUCUUCCUUGUCAGGCUGACACCUUAUCCAGACAAGACAAAGCAGCCAUCUGCAUCCAGUCACAUUACAGAGGAUACCUGGCUCGCAAGAAGUAUGUGGAACUACUCUUUGAACAGUUCAACAAGGAAGAUGAACGGCGGGCAGCAAGAACUAGGAGACAGGUAGAAGAAGGGGAGCUGCUCAUCGAAAAUCACAAGUUAGAGGUUGAAUUUGAGGAGAACCACUGCAUUCGGAGGAACAGGCUCCAAAGAUACACCGCACAUGUGAUAACAAUCCAGCGCGCCUGGAGACAGUUCAAACGGAGGAAGCUCAAGAAGGUCUCGCAUCCUGGCCCUGCUCGUCACCAUAGCAACCAUCGAGGAGGAGGUGGAGAAGAGGAUGAGGAACGGGAUGCAAAUGGUAACCGGGCCGGAGCAGACGGAGACUGGGGCGUAAGGGAAGGAGAGAGGCAGCUUGGAGCAAGGCCCGAAGCGGCAGAUUAUCAAUCAGGAUCAGACAACAAUUGGGGCCCAUCAGACGCAGGAGUUGAGAGUGACAACGUCAAUAUGACGGCUGCAGCACGGCGCUCGAAAGCACACCAAGCCAUGCUGCAGGACCUAGGGAGCAGCGUGGAACUGGACGACAACAGCCACUUCUACGAGUCAUCGCCUGAGGUGGCCGACAAGAAGAAGAAUAGGCUGAGCCUGGCCGAGGAGUUUGCCGCUGCCAUGGAGGAGGAUGAUGGCAUGUCGGGGGAGGUGGCCGAUUGUGAGGACUGCGAGGACACGGACACGAAUGAGAGCGACACGGAGAGCUCUAGCUGUGCCACCACACCGGAGUGGAGCUCCCCCGACAAGGCAGAGCAACAGGACUCUGAGUUAAUCCUGGAGGUACCCCCGUUGGACAUCGUCAGUGAGGACCUGAGAGGGCGAUGCACACUGGACUCCGAGGACAUCCAGCCCAGUACUAUGCAAGAGACGGGGACUGCCCCAGACCCAAACAGGAACUACAGCGUGGUGGAUUCGGACCCCAAUGCAAAUGAAGUCCCCAUGGAGCUGACUGGAGACAGAAACCACCAAACAAACUCACAGGUCAGGGGUCAGCAGCCCCCGCCGCGGAUUUCCGAGUGCCAACAGGACGAGGCCUUGAGGAGUGCUUCCUCCCCCAUUAGGACCUCGGGAACCCACGCCGUGACUCACCCCAAGCUCCAGCGCUGUGCCAGCGCCGAGAGCCGGGACUCAGACCCGAGCCGCAAUGGGGUGCCAUGCGGCCGGCCCCAGAUCCAGACGGACUUGGGCUGCGUGGAGCCCACCAUGCCUGUGCUAGACUGGGAAUCCCUGGAGAAGCACUUAGCCAAGAUGGAGAAGGAAGAGGAACAGCAGAGCUAUAAGCAGACACAGAAGAACUCGCGGCAGGCCAUCCUGCGUAAGCUGGCCAUGGGCACGGACGACGAGGCCGAGGGCGACAUCUACGGCAAGGGCAAAGACAAACUGUCAGCCCGGCUGCAGAGCGGCAUGAACCUGCAGAUCUGCUUCGUCAACGAGCCGGCCGACGGCAGCUCUGACCUAGAGGAGGACAGCCCCCGCAUCCUGGCCGCCGAGGCCGAGCCGGAGAUAGAGAAGUCCAGGAAGGGGGCGCUGCAUGUGACCAGCCGGUUCGGCCGGGUGGCGGGAGCCGGUCGGCUGGGCGGGGGGCCAGGAAUCAGGUUGAGCAGGGAGAGUAGCAACACCAGCACAUCCUCGGCCAAGACUCCGUCGGUCACCUUCCAAGACGCAGAAGAUUUUGAGACCCAGCAGGCCCGGCUGCAGGACGAGGCUCGGGUGGCACUAGCUCGAGCCGAGCCGCUGGCCCGCAUGCAGAUGGAGCUGGAGAGACAGCAGCGGAAAAAGUCACCGGUAACUGAAUUGGCCGGAGUGUCAGGCAUGACAGACAUCUGCGACAGACUGCACGGCAAGAAGCUGACGCAGCGGGCUCUCAAGAACAUGUCCCUCAGCAAACUGCAGUUUGUGGUCAACGACCUGCACUCGCAGAUCGAAAGCCUGAAUGAGGAGCUGGUGCAGCUGCUGAUCCGGCGAGACGAGCUACAGAUGGAGCAGGACUCCAAGCUGAUCGACAUUGAGGACCUGACAAGGUGGAUUCGCAUGAACAUGCAACAGAACAACAACAACAAUACCAUCAUCGGCAAGCAGCCGCUGGAAAACGGCCGUAAACGCCAGUACGAGACCCUCCUCAAGCUCCUGGGUAGCACCUUGCCCGUCAGCCGCAAGUGCUUCUGCGGCCUGAGCCGCAGCUCCUCGGUGGUGUCCAGCCGCUCGGCAUCCAGCCCCGAAAUCCAGGAGAUGGCCUCCAGCCCGCUCAGCCCCCAGACAUCCAUCUGCCGGUCGGCGUCCAGCAUGAGCAUCAAUGAGAGCCGCGCCUCCAGCCCCGAGAUGACCUGGGUCCGGCAGGCCAUGAUCAAAUACUGGUACAACUGACAGUGCAAGCGACCUUUGAACUCUGACCCUUUCAGACUGAUAAGGUCAAGUUAUAAAUACGUAUAAAUAAACCAACAAAUCCUAAAAAAUCUUGCUCCUGUUGCUGUAAUAACUCGAGCUGCUUAACUCCUUUGGGCUGAGGUAAGCUCCAUAUGACUUGUAUAGGCAUGACCGAGGUCAACCAAACAUGACCUUUGUCAAAUAAAUUCUUAUUGCAUCAUGGGAGGCCUACUUAAAUAUGCGAAAAAUUUUGUAUAUACUAUUUCGAGUUUCCAGGUUUUUUUACACGUAGAUUUUUUCCUGAAAACUGCGGCCUGUGAUAAAAUGGGCUCUUCCCACAAUGCAACUCGACAAAGUUUGUCCAUACUUGUUCCUUUCUUGCACACGGAUUGGCUCUUGCAAAGGCAACUGUAAAGAUGUAGAUAUUGUGGCUGGAGUUGUAUGAUUGAAUAUUCAGUAGAUGUGAAUAUGCUGUAUAUGCGGAUCGCGGCUUUGUUUCGCAGGUUUUUAUAUGAAUUUAUUUUUUUGAAAGCAAAGUUAUUUUGGAAUUGUCGUCAGCUGUUAAUUCUUGUGCUGUUAAAAGGCUGUCAUGGGCUUGACUGAUUACUUUUGUGGGAAGAACAAGUUCAAGAGAAACUUGAAGCAACCUAUAAAUGUGGAAAACCGUUCCUAAGCAUCCAAGUUUUUUUUCGCAAUAUAGGAAGAGGAGUCACAAAUUGUUGGCAGUCAGAAACCAAUGUGUUACCACCUGUAGUGAAUACAUUGACCUUAAAGUGUUUUUGCAAGGUACAACUUUUUUCUUUCAUCUAAAAUUGCCAGAAACGUAUGUUUAGAAAGAUUUCUGAGCCGAUGAGCCUGGUCAAUGUUUGGUUACCUUCGAGCUACGGUACCUGUAUUAAUCUCCCCCUGUUUGGUCGACCUAGUUGUCGGCAGUGGCAUGUAAGUACAUUAUCUGCUAUGGAUUUGAACUUUACUGAUGAACAAGGCUUGGCUGAUUGCCAUGCUUCAUUGCUGCGCUUUUCUGAAGUUUUGCAGGCGAUGCUGCCUAUCGCCAGUAUACAGUCCCUUGUAUAAUUUUGUCUGAAAAGUAGGUCUUUCCCGGAAAUCUUUUCACUUGGAGGGGGAUGACAGUCGGCUAUUCCACUGUAUUCAGGCUGCAUCAAUAUACAUGUAUAGCAGUGUUGUGCGGAUGACUGUACAUUGGGCACGGCAAGCUGUAAUUUAACAAAAAUAUGUGGCAUUUUAAACCUUCUUUUCCUUGAUCAUUUCAAUUUUGUCUUCCAUCAAAUCUUAUGUAGAGUUAUGUUAUGUAAAUAGGACAAAAAAAUUAACCAAUCAUGUGUAAUAAUCUUCCUGAAUUCUAAGUCACCCAUCGAUAUUUUACAACGUGUAUUUGUACUUGCGUAUUGGUCAUGUUAGCUUGACCACUGGAUUGAACACAUAAGAAAAGGAGCGCUUGAGAAGAAGAGGUGGUCACUCAAGCAAGGUUAUUCUUUCUUUGAAGCCCUGUUUGGAUUGAUUCAAGGAGUGUUCACUCUACUCAUUAGUGUGUAUAAGCUUUACUUCCCAGUUACCUACUUCGCGUAAAAGUACAUCAUUUACCGAAGUGUCCCUUGCGAACAUAAAUUGGCCGAGCUAGAGGAUAUUAAAGAUUUUGCAAUUCUGCAAAUUGUUUUUUAAAUGCAGAAAGUACAGUGAAGAAAGGGACAGCCUUUUUGAACACCUUUGUUAGCGGUGUUUCAUUUGUUGACAGGGCAGUCCAUAGCCCAUAAUAAUGCUGCAUAGACCAACGUGAUGUUUGGCGUACACGCACAAAAGAGGCGAGAUCGAUUUAACUUCAGUCUGUUAUCUGAAAUAAGCAAAUGGCCGACAUCGGUUGCUAGGUUUUCUUUAAAUGAUACCCCUUGAACACCAGUGUCCUGUUUUUGUAAUUUCCUCUACGCAACUAACUACGUAUGCACGUUUUGUUGUCAUUAAUCAUAAACCUGACUUGGAGUUUUGGAACCGCUGCCUGUUCAGUGUCAUUCAUCACCCCAGCGACAAUAACCAAGGCCCUUCUGAAUUACUUAUAAGCUGCAUUUUGACAUAUAGCACGACAAAAUGGGAAGCGUUUCUGCCCCCCCAUUGACCCGUGCGUAAUCUCCAGCCGCAAUCACGUCAUUUGGACACGGCCUCGUCGGACAGUCCAAGCGCUGAACGGGGUUGCUCUAAACAUUACAAUAUCCAUCGCUUAUAUUCAGCGUGCACGAAUUAAUAACAUUACUAUCAUAUCAGUGUUAUUCCGUCGUACCAUUGAGGUAGGAAAAGUUGCUCAUUAACAAGGUUCUCUAGUGCAUGUACAUUCUCGAAGUAUUGGUAUACAGUGGUGUAAUCGAGACCAUCACAGGACACAAGACCACGCACAAGAUGCCAAGUAACAGGGCGGACAAUGACAAAGGACUGGUUUUCUUUGCAGUUCCUUUGAAAAGCUUGUGACUUGAAUUCCGACUGGAGGUCUGGUGUGGUCUUGUGAAGGUCUUGUGUGUCUCAACUGCAACACUGUUGGUAUAACGUUACCAAUAAAGCGUGACCCAUUGUUUCAUUUGGAUAAUUCGCUGAACUGACACUAGUGUCCUGUUCAUUCUCAUGUCACGAUGUUUUGUUCCCACUUAUUCCUCCAUAGUUUUCAGCAGUGUUCCUGUCACUUCGCAUUAACUUUGAGUGCGCUAGGUAACAAAAACAACACUGGCUCGAUAGCAAGGUGCAAUUCGUUCCUGAAGAAAGUCAACAUUGUACCAAACUCAACCCACUGAUCUGAAGUUUGUCUAUUUCGAAGGGGCAACGACCACGUUGGCCCUAUCCUUCGUGGGUCGUGCUCUUCGGGUAUUUACCAGUAUAAAGUUAAGUGUGUCUACGUCUGUUGAUAUAAUGUAUAUAAGGUGUGGUAUAUUCUAAGUACACACAAACUGGUUUGUUAUUUUUAUAUUAGUUUGGGGAGGUUUCCGUGCCAUCAACUUUAGAGUCCAUGGUUUGCUUCAGGUCAGCUGCUAAUACAUAUUUAUAGGCUAUAUUACAUAUGCAGCCAUUUAAUUAGAGACCACUGAUUUAUGUAGAACAGUUGUUCCUUUUUUGCUGAGGAACACUGUCGCCUGUGCCAAAUUCUGUACAGAGCUCUCUGAUUAUUGUUUUGACUACGGGGUUACGAUGUGCUUGGCCGGUAUUAAUUUGUCCAAGACCGGAUCUGGAAUAUGGCCGCUGACAUUAAUGCCGCAGCUGAAGGUGAGGGACUUUAUCAGCCUCCAUUCUCCUGAGCCUGGCACAUUUUUUAUUCCCGUUCAUAAAUACGGUACCUUUUCGGGUCACAAAGGCAAAACACUGGCUUUGCAGGUCCUGUAAUGGGUUGGGGCUUAACCCUAACCUUCCUCAAUCCUCCAACAGGUGAAGGAUUGAGGAGGGUUAGGGUUAAUGAAUCCGCCUUUUAACGGCUGAUUCCUGAUGGUCGCUUAGCUGCCCCCCCACCCCCACUUUGAAAAUCGUUCUGCUGCCGUACGUCGAGGUGAAACAAGUUUUAAAAUUAUAAAAUACGGACAAAGUUGUUCAACAAUUGAAACUCAUUUUUUUUCUAACGCCCUCUAGCCAUGUUACGUUCCUCUUGCGAGUAGUCGUAAACAACCUUCUAAUUAUGGUGGAUGGACUCACACAUGGCACGUACUACUGCGUGAGCUGGCGUACAGCCAACCGGUGUGUUAUCGAUAGAGAAUAAUUACCUAGUACAAUGACCUCUAACACGCGAGGGCUUUCGACUAUUAGGAAUGACUAAACUGUCAUCGGUAUAUUUAUGCAUUUAGACUUAAAUGUAAACCUCCUGGACGUUUGUUUCUUGGAGGAAACACAUUUGGUAACGAGGUGUGACCAUGUCUUUUGAUCCACUUGAUCUUAAUUUCUGCGCCAUUUCACAGGUGAAUUGAAGAUGUCAGCUUCGUAAUUGUUCUUGUCACUCAGUAACUUCUUUAUCAAAGCCAACAUCUUAACGACCGUGCGAAUGUAUCAAGUUAUUUAUCCAGACCUGCUUCUCCAAAAAAAAAAAUGCAUUGCAUGGCCUGAAAGUGUACUAAUCUUCCGCCUUUUUCAAGCAAAAUAAUGAGCUGUGGUACAAACGCGAAUCCUUGAAGUAAUAAUUUGAAUGACGUAUACAUGUAUUGUCCCAGAGAUUUGCCGACAGACAAAACAAUUCCUGAAUGGCAUCAAGUAUUCGGCCAUCUGCUUCUCAUGAUUUUGAACGGUACAAGUGAUUUAACUGAGUUUAACCAACGUGGAAUUUCCUAAAUAAAGAUCACUCACUGGUUUGAUGCUA